UAUCUCCAAUAUCGUCCUGUAUCAGACAGGGAGGCUAUAUAUAGAGAUAGAUUAUAUUUUGUAAUAUCUGCACUUUCCCAGAGCUGAGGGAGAUCAAGUGAGCAUCAGGAAUCAGGCAAACAGACAAGAAGGGACAAGCUCCAAUGGCACAUUCAUUACCAUCAAGUCGUUUUUCAGUUUUUCUUUUUUGUAUUCUUCUACUGUUGCUGAUCAGCUCCUCUACUGUGAGUGGGGCUCGACUAGGGAAUGCCAGGCUAACAGAUUCUUCUAGUAUUAGAAGGAUCCUUUUAAACAAUGGCCUUGGUCUAACUCCACAAAUGGGUUGGAAUAGUUGGAACCAUUUCCAUUGCAAUAUCAAUGAGACAUUGAUCAAGGAAACUGCGGAUGCAAUGGUGUCAAGUGGUCUUGCUGCUCUAGGAUACACCUAUAUCAAUUUAGAUGACUGUUGGGGUGAACUCAACAGAGAUGCUCAGGGGAAUUUGGUUCCUAAAGCAUCAACAUUUCCUUCAGGCAUUAAGGCUCUGGCAGAUUAUGUACAUAGCAAAGGGCUUAUGUUUGGAAUUUAUGCAGAUGCAGGGACUCAAACUUGUAGCAAGACCAUGCCCGGGUCCCUAGGAUAUGAAGAACAAGAUGCAAAAACGUUUGCUUCAUGGGGGGUUGAUUACCUGAAAUAUGACAAUUGUGCAAAUACUGGCAUAAGCCCAAAGGAAAGGUAUCCAAAGAUGAGCAAAGCUUUACUAAGUUCAGGGAGGACCAUAUUUUUCUCGUUAUGUGAAUGGGGAAAUGAAGAUCCAGCAACUUGGGCACCAAGCAUCGGGAAUAGUUGGAGAACAACUGGAGAUAUUAAAGAUAACUGGGAUAGAAUGACAUCCGUUGCAGAUCAAAAUGACAAAUGGGCAUCUUAUGCUCAACCUGGCAGUUGGAAUGAUCCAGACAUGCUUGAGGUAGGAAAUGGUGGCAUGACAACAGAAGAAUAUCGCAGUCAUUUUAGCAUAUGGUCAUUAGCUAAAGCUCCUCUAUUGAUUGGCUGUGAUAUUCGGUCAAUAGACAGUGUCACCUUUGAACUGCUAAGAAAUAAGGAGGUUAUUGCAGUCAAUCAAGAUAAACUUGGAGUUCAGGGGAAAAAGGUGAAAAAAGAUGGGGAUCUUGAGGUAUGGGCUGGCCCCUUGACUGAUAACAGGGUGGCUGUAGUCUUAUGGAACAGAGGAUCUUCCUCUGCAAACAUCACUGCUUACUGGUCUGAUAUAGGCCUUAAACCAUCAACUGUUUGUGAUGUUCAAGAUUUAUGGGCGCAUUCAACAGAGUUAUCAGUCCAAGAUCAGCUCUCUGCUCAAGUGGAUUCACAUGCUUGCAGAAUGUACACAAUCACACCACAGUGAAGAGUUCUUCCAUGGAAGGAAAGUGGUUUUCCGGAUGGAAAGGGUCUGGUUGCAGGCAUGCAGCAGCUAGCUGAGAAAGCAUUUGAACAAAGAAGUUAGCUUCAAGAAAUAGAAUAAAAUUUUGUAAUGUUUGAAAAUAUUAAAGCAAUGUUAGAUAAAGAAGUGAAACCUCAAUAAAUUAUAUGCAAAGGGAUAGUUUUCUGAGAAUGC